AUGAAAAGAGAAAUAAAAAGAAGAGAGGUAAAUCCACACGAGCGACUGAAGCAGCAGUUGAGUGAGCUUGAGCAAGAAUGGACCGCCAUGAAAGCAGGCAAAAGCUCAUCUGCAGAUUCAUGUAUCACUGUGGAAGAAGCUCUUGAGUUGGUGGAAAACUCUCCAAGAAAGCUGAUGCUCUCUCUCCAAAACGAGCAGGCCUGUCCAGAGGCAGAGAUGGUUCCACAAAGAUCACCUUGUAGGAGAAAACUCUUUCACGACUCUGACGAUGAUGAGGACAAAUGGACAUCGCUUUCUCAUUCGCCUUGUUGGUCUUCGAAUGUGAUGAGAGUGACAGAUAAUAAUAACAAUAGUAAGAAGAAGCAGAAGAAGAGAGGAAAUAUUGUUUAUGUUAGUAUGAUGCUGGUUUUGUUAUUGGUUUUAGUUGUGUUGAUGAACGGCUUUGAUCAUCUCUCCAUGAAUAGACAGAUCGAUACUUUGGUUCCAACUUGA